AUGUUCAAGCGUCUCGUCACCGUCGCCCCCCGCGUCGGCGUUGCGGCACCCCGUGCCUUCGCUCCCCUCGCUGGCCUGCAGUCCGUCCAGCCCGUCCAGCGUCAGACUCCUGCCCCGACCCAGCGGAGAAGUUACCACGAGAAGGUCCUCGAUCACUACAAUAACCCCCGGAAUGUCGGCUCCAUGAAGAAGGGUGACCAGGACGUUGGUACCGGUCUCGUCGGUGCCCCCGCUUGUGGCGAUGUCAUGAAGCUCCAGAUUCGUGUGAACAAGGACUCUGGCCGCAUUGAUGACGUUGUCUUCAAGACUUUCGGGUGUGGUAGUGCUAUCGCUUCGUCGUCUUAUCUGACUGAGCUCGUCCGUGGAAUGACCCUGGAAGAGGCUGGCAAGAUUAAGAAUACCGAUGUGGCGAAGGAGCUCUGCUUGCCUCCUGUCAAGUUGCACUGCUCCAUGCUCGCUGAGGAUGCUAUCAAGUCCGCCAUCUCCGACUACUACACCAAGAACCCCAAGGCCCGCACCACCGAUCUCUCCGGCACGGGCGCCUCCAUGGCCGAUAUCGACCAGCCCACCGCCGGCAGCCCUGCCGCUUCCCUUUAA